AAAUAGAAAAUAAAUGAUUUAGAUCAAAAUCAACAAGAAUAUAUACUUUAGUUCGAGAUAGUUAAAUAGCUUUGAUGAUUUAUUAUAAGAAUAUUAGUUUUAAUUUGAGACUAACUAAAAUGAAGAUAAUUUACUAUUCUAGUAUUAUUUUUAGAAAUAAAGGUAGUUUUAUAGAUGGAGAUGGAGAUAAAGUAGUUAUUUAAAAUGAUUACGAUUUUAAAGAAUUCAUAAAAUUGAGUGCAGAGUUUUUAAAAAUCACAGUUGAGUAGAAAGAUAAAGAAGAUUUUGCAGAAAUAGUGUACCAUAAUGACAUAAAAAAAGAUGCAAUAAAAAAAAAGAUUAUGAAACUUUUAGAGUAUUAUUGACAGGUGUUAUUUUUAUUUAUGUUU